AGGAUAUAAGCAAUUGCGGGAAAGUUAUUUGUUCUUCCUGUGCCCGCAGCUCUGCCAACAUAUUUUUUUAGGCUGUGACUGAUGAUUUUUUUUCAGUCCUGACUGUAUUUGUUAAUCAUGUCUCAGGCUCUGGUCACAGAUUUCUUCUCCCAAAGCAAGAAAAAGACACCAAUUUCGAUAAAAUCCAGCGCUGCUGCUUCUCGUGACACGACCAAAUCAGGAUCAGUCUCCUCUUCAAACAAAUUAAUUUUCUCGAAUUCUUCAUCAAGCCAAGUCCGGGAUGAGUUCAUGCGAGUUAUCGACGCGGCAACUACUUCAUCGAAAGGAGUGUCUACUACUAGUGAGAAACCAAAAGAUGACCGCCUCACUCCUCGGACAAGAAAGCGGACCUCACUUAACAAAGGACUUGAGACAGACACAAGUUUGGCUUCCACGGAGCACAACAUAACGAAGAAGAGGCGUCAAGUGGACUUAUGUUCUGGCGACGAAAUUAUGGUACGAGCAAAAACAACAACUGCCAAAAAGAAAUGUGUCUUCUCCCAUCCUAAACAACAGACUCAUCUUGGAGAAAUUAUUACUGGCAACAAUUCUAUCCUUAAGAGGAUCAGGAAAGAAGUCAAUGAGUAUGGCACUGCUGCAUCAUCUUCAAUUUCCACACCAUCAUUUUCAUCCACUAUUACAAUGUCAAAUUCACCUGUGGCUCGAGCAAAAGAGCUUGCAGCCAAAGCUCGGAGGACAAAGGAGAAAGAAUCAGAAGAUGAAAAGAUUAAGACAGACACUCAAAGCUGGGAGUGUAUUCAACAGCCAUCAUACCAGCAGUAUCAUAAUCUAGCCCAGGAUAUACUCCCAGGUCUCUGCCUGCCUUAUCAGUUCAAGAUACUGGCAGAGAUGUUUCGGAGCAUGGAUACCGUGGUUGCCAUGCUGUUCAACCGCUCGGAGACUGCUACCUUCUUCAAGAUCAAAAAAGGAGUGCAGGACAUGAUUCACAAGCAGUUUGAAGAACACCACAUUGGCCAAAUACAGACAGUUUUUCCGGAGGCUUACACCUUCAGACAGGAAAAAAACAUACCAAUGUACAACAACUGUAUUAAGAAGGGCAGCUACCAGCUCACCGUGGAACCGGUCAUUCUUGGUGAAGCACACGGUCUCCUGCUAGUUUACCUGACUCUGCCCCCCUCCAUCUCCGAAAGGGGUGUAAAGGAAGGUAAAUCCAUCUUGACUGCCUCUGAUCUUUUGGAGAGACGACACGCCUUCCAUCACAACCUCCUUUUGAUUGUCAAACACCAUCAUAAGCUUUUCCUCUCCUCAUUAGUCCCUCAAGUGUGUGUCCCAGAAGAAAAACUGACCCGCUGGCACCCUAAAUUUAAUGUGGACACUCUGCCAGCUGUCCAUGCAAGUUUACUUCCUCAACCUCCUUCUAUUGAAAAACUUGUAUCUGCCCAGGAAGUGUUGUACAAGGCCCAUUCUUUCAUUACACCCAAGAUAGAGACAGCUCUGGUUUCUCUGGUUCAGAAGACUGAAGUUAAGAAUGCACAAUGUAAAAAGCAGUCUCCAAAAAAUCUGAACUCCAAGGAAACUGCUUCAUCUUGUAUUCCAAAUGCCCUGUAUGGAGUUUCACAGUCCUUGUUAGGCAGAAUUCGGGCAAAGGAAACUCAGAAGCUCCAGGCGGCUAUGACCAGAAGUCCUUCUCAAGAGGAGCGCCUUUUGAUGAUGACCCGGCUUGGACAGCUAGCUAGGAUUCUUCGGAAUGUUUUUGUAUCUGAAAAAAAAACUACUUUAAUUAUAGAAGUAAUUUGUAACCGGAUGACUGCCAGCUAUAGCUCUGAUCUCACUUCAGGUGAAAUGGAGAAACACAUCCGAUUGCUGGCAGAGCUCAACCCCAACUGGCUUUCCAUACAUCCAGUCAGAAAAGAUGUGUACCUUAAAUUGAACAAGAACAUGGACCUCAGUGUAAUUCUGGAUAAAUUAAGCUGCAGCCUCAGAGAAGAGGAAAAACUAAGUGCAUCAUUGUGACUUGGGUCAGGGCCUGUCACGGUUAAGUUUCUUUGUUUAAGAGUCCAAAUGAGUCUGCAAUACUGGGAUACAGCAGUGUUGUCAAGGCAUACAUAUAUUUUUCCUCUGAAUCUGUAGUACUUUCUAAACUUUUUUUUAACGUUCACAACUUUUUUGAAUUGUGGGACAAUAUUAAAGGAACAAAGGGGGGGGGGAAAGUCUCGAUUUGUAGCUGUAACAGCUUCUCAAAAGCUUUUCCCAACACUUGUUUGUGUUGAAUUUCUAUCUGUCCAGAAAAACAUUGGAACAGUUAUUACAUACAUACAGGCAAUAAAUAAAUGCACAAAACCUAAAGUGAAAAAAGUGGACCAGACUCGAGUCUCUGAAAAUGGCACUAGUGGCCUGGAUGAAUAUAUGGACACUGUUAAACCCUAUAUCAGAUUUUGUGUAUAGGUGCGUGUGCGCACGUGCACCAAUGAAGUCAUUGUGCACACUCAAUAACAAGCCAUGGUUCACUGGCAAGCAAAAGCAACUUCACCAGACUAAAGCAGUCUUACAAUGUAGUGGAGACAGACAGGGCCCUGCAUAACCACCCUGGGAACCAACUGACAAAAAAAAAAAAAAAUUAACAUUGCAAAGGAAAACUGCAGCAACGUUAGAAAAACUGUUUAGUGCUAACGACUAAAUCAGUUUGUUGUGACUUUCAGUAAGCAUUAGCAAAGAAAGUUUAUUCAUAAACUGCAUUUGAUGUAUAAGGUUUACAUAAGUAUUUAAAAACAAAAAUAAUUAAAACUGAAAAUUAAAACAAAACAUGUAAUGGACGAAAUCUCAUUUUAAAAAAAAUGCAAAUAAUGUACAUACGGGAAAAAAAUGUCUUUGACCUGGAUUUUAAAACAUUCACACUUGGGACCGGUCACUUCUGGUUACAGAUAUUCCAUUUUGUGUACGCCAUAAUCACUAAAUGCUGCAUCACCAUGUUUGCCUUGGACUAUGUGCUCCACCUUUUGAACUGAGUCUGUCUAUCUCGGGGCGCUACAGGAUUCAUGUUCCAUUAGCAUUUCUUUACUGUAUUCAGAACCUAAACCAUUAAGUGAUUUAUAGACCCGUAGCAGAACUUUAAAAUCUGUUCUGAAGUUUCAAGUUUUAAUUUUAUUUUCAUUGCAUAUAACCACGACGAAACUGCACAUGCCCUCCUCCACAUAAGAUUUAAUAAGCAACCAUAGGAACAAAUGGAAUGUGAAAUUUAAAAGUGCUUGAGUAAAAAUGUAUUAAAGUGCAACCA